GUGCCAGCGAACAUACUUUUUGUUAUUAUUAUUAUUAUUAUUCCUACACACAUACGAGACGUUUAAAUUGACAAGGGAAUGAGAACAUAUGCAAAUGUCCACGGAUCGAUGUGCGAUCCCGCAGGUACUCAACCCGCACCCACCUCGCUAAAAGCCAGCCUUCUAUAUAUAUGUAUAAGUAGCCACAUCUACCUCACCUCCACCCACCAAAGCUAGACACUUGAUCCACUUCGAUCUCUUCCCCAUGGCAACAAAGAUGCUUCUGUUUACGUUAUGCUGCGCGAUGUGCUUACGAGCCUCUUGGGCUUCCAAGGCGAGGCACUUCAGGUGGGAGGUUGGGUACUUGCUCUGGUCGCCGGACUGUGAGGAGAACGUAGCGAUCGGGAUCAACGGGCAGUUCCCGGGACCAACGAUAAGGGCGAAGGCCGGAGAUACUAUCGCGGUUGAGCUCAAGAACGGGCUGCACACCGAGGGUGUUGUUAUUCAUUGGCAUGGCAUUAGACAGUUUGGAACCCCAUGGGCUGACGGAACGGCCUCUAUAUCGCAGUGCGCAAUCAAUCCGGAGGAAACUUUCGUCUACAGAUUUAAAGUUGACAAGCCCGGCACGUAUUUCUACCAUGGGCACUACGGUAUGCAAAGAUCAGCGGGGCUGUACGGUUCGCUGAUAGUCGACGCGGCAGACGAUGAGAUAGAGCCCUUCGCUUACGACGGAGAAAUCAACUUGUUGUUGAGUGACUGGUACCAUCAGAAUGUGUACGCUCAGAUGACUGGUCUCGAUUCUAAACCUUUCCGUUGGAUCGGCGAACCUCAGAGCCUACUGAUUAAUGGCAGAGGGCAGUUCAAUUGUUCUCUUGCGGCCGUUGGUGGAGCAAACGCUUGCAAUAUAAGCACCGGCCAGUGUGCUCCUGUAGUGUUCAGAGUACUUCCAAACAAGACUUACAGAGUGAGGAUUGCAAGCAUUACAUCCUUGGCUUCUCUCAACUUGGCCAUUGGGAACCACAAGAUGAUGUUGGUAGAAGCAGAUGGAAACUACGUAAAACCAUUCACUGUCAAAGACAUGGACAUCUACUCUGGUGAGAGCUAUUCUGUCCUUAUUACAACUGACCAGAAUCCAUCAUCAAACUACUGGAUCUCCGUAGGUGUUAGAGGAAGGCUUCCUAAAACCAACCCUGCACUCGCAAUCUUAAACUACGGACCCAACUCCCCAAGAAAACUUCCUUCAUCUGCACCUCCAAUUACUCCCACAUGGAAUGAUUAUGCCCACAGCAAAAAUUUCACCUACAAAAUAUUAUCUCGACAGGGCACAGUGAAACCCCCAACCAAGUACGAUCGACAAAUGAUCUUCCUCAAUACCCAGAACAAGAUAGACGGGCAUAUUAAAUGGUCAAUAAACAACAUCUCUCUUGUUCUCCCACCCACUCCUUUUCUUGGCUCCAUAAGUUAUGGCUUAAAGGGUGCAUUUAAUGCCCAAAAGCCACCAGAAAACUUCCCCAGAUUCUAUGAUGUAAUGAAACCACCACAGAAUCCCAACACAACACAAGGUAGUAACGUGUACCAACUCAAGCUCAAUAGCACAGUUGAUGUGAUACUUCAGAAUGCAAAUGCUCUUGCUGGUAAUGUGAGUGAGAUACACCCCUGGCAUUUGCACGGGCAUGAUUUUUGGGUGUUGGGCUAUGGAGAUGGGAGAUUCACCAAGAAGGAUAUUGCAAAGUUUAACUUAAAGAAUCCACCAUUAAGGAAUACAGUGGUGAUAUUUCCCUAUGGAUGGACAGCUUUAAGGUUUGUGGCAGAUAAUCCGGGAGUAUGGGCAUUUCACUGUCAUAUUGAGCCACAUUUACACAUGGGUAUGGGUGUAGUUUUCUCUGAAGGGGUUGAGCAUGUCAGAAAUAUACCAACUGAGGCACUGGGAUGUGGUAUGACAGGAAAAAUGUUAAUGAAUAAGCAUGUACCAUAGGAGUAGAUUUUCUUCUAGUUUCUCCAUAUGUUUCGAGAUUUUGAAGAGGCUACAGCAUUAAUUGUGUAUCUACAUGAAAACUGAGUGUUUUCAUUAUUUGUAUAAGGAGUUGUUUUCUAUGAUAGAAUAAGUUUUGGAUGA